UUAAAUAAUAAACAGUUUACUUCAUCACCUUCUCAUCACUCUAGUAAGAAAAAUUUCAAGUUUCCAAUAUGGAUCAUGGUCAACAAGUAUGUCAACCUUCCUCUUCUUCAACCAAAGUGGAAAGAAAGAUUGUUGAGAAAAUUAGGAGAAAUCAUAUGAAGAAUCUCUUUUCCAAACUCAACUCUCUUCUCCCUAAAUAUAAUCACAAGGAAACGUUGCCAUUACCUGAUCAAGUAGACGAGGCUAUAAACUACAUAAAGAGUCUAGAGACAAAUGUAAAGAUGGUGAAGGAAAAGAAAGAAGGUUUAAUGGAAAACAAGAGAUCACAUAGUGACUGCUCGAGUUCUUAUGAAGCAAAAACAAACAUAAAAUCGCCCAAAAUUGAGAUUCAUGAAAUGGGUUCCUCUCUACAAGUCAUUAUAACAUGCGGGGUUGAUGAUCAAUUCAUUUUCUGUGAAAUUAUUCGAAUACUGCAUGAAGAGAAUUUGGUGGUCAUCACUGCAAAUUCUUCGGUGGCCGGAGACUCAAUUUUUCAUAUUGUGAACGCUGAGAUUCCGCAAUCUUUGCUUCAAAUUGGAGCAACCAAAGUAAGUGAGAGAUUGAAAAGGUUUGUGAACGGAUCAGGGAGUGGUAUAGAAACAGAGCCUCAAUUGUGGGAUUUUGAAAUUGGAACUCGGAGUUGGGAGCUUCUAGAUUCUAUAGUAACCAAGAGUUUAUCAAAUCCUUGAUCAAGAAGCAGAGAUUUAUAUAUUAAUAUACCAUAUGUAGUGCAACUAGUGUUGCAGUUGUUUGGAGUCUAUAUAUUAUUCUAGUUUUCGGAUGGUUGAUUGUAUAAAUAUAUUUAGGCAUCUUUGGAGUUAGUUUUUGGGAUGAGAUCCAAGACCAGUUAAUGUGGUAUUAAAGCCGGGUUAAAGAUUGUAAUGUGGGAAUUGGACCCAGGUCCCACUAGGUGUAAGAGUCAAGGUUUUAAAUUGCGGUUGCGGUCGCGGAUGCGGUUGCAGUUAUUGCCAAUGCGGUCAUUGCGGUUGCUGCACACGCAAUGCGGUUGUUGCGGCGUGAAAUCAUUUUGAAAUUUGACAAGCUAUAUAAAAUGAAACUACUAUGUAACUACACUAUUUAUCCACCAUUGCAUAGUCGUAGUUUAUUCUAUAAAUAAUAAUUUGAAUGUAUUUAAAAUACACUGUUGAGAGAUUGUUAAAAGUAAGAUUUUUCAUUAAUUUGACACAAAUUAGGAUUUGAAGUUCAUAAAUUUUACUUUUUGGUGAGAAAAUUUGAAGGAACAUCGCCGAAAACAUCUGAUGCGGCUUCCGAUGCGGUUGUGAUGUGGUUA